CUCUCACACUCUCCUACUUAUCUGAGUGAGAUUGGCCGUCAACAUGUUCUUGCUUGGCCAUCAGAUGCCGGAUAACCAGAAGGUCAAGGCCGCCCUGACAGUCUUCUACGGCCUGUCAACGGCCCUCUCCUCCCGCCUCUGCGCCCGACUCCAAGUGCACGACUCCUGCCGUGUAGGCGACCUUACUGAAGCUCAAACAACACAACUGAGCGCCUACCUCUCUUCACCAGGAUCAAUCCCUGCUCGUCCUUCCAGCCCGACAAGGGGGCCCCUCACAUCUUCCUCUGAGGCAUCUUCCUCCUCAAACGUCUGGCGCCCUUCCCAAGCCGCAGACCCCUCUGCCGACCCGUUGCGAUCCCUCGUAGUCGACUCGGAGCUGCGUCGUGCCCUCAGAGCGAACAUUGCGCAUCAUCGUGCUGUUGGCACGUACAGAGGGAAGCGUCAUCAGCAGGGUCUGCCGGUGAGGGGACAGAGGACGAGCACGAAUGCCAUGACGGCCAAGAAGUUGAACAGGAUCGAGAGGAGGGGAAUGGCGACUACCGCUGGCGACGGAGCGAGGGAGGCGGUGAGGUCACAAGAGACAAUGAGUGUUAGAGAGAUGCUGCCGCCGAGUCCAUGGUCACGAGGGUCAGCGGCAUCGUCGCCGUCGGCGCUGUUCAGGUCGAGCUGGAGGCCGUCAAUCGCAUAGAGAGAGGCUUGCAAUGCUGCAACGAAACGUCAUCAUUGAGC